AUGGCACCUUAUAUUUCAGGAGUGAGAGCCUUUAUUACUGUUUUCCUAACCACCCUAAUGCUUCCCUUGCUUCUCCCAGAAGGUUAUUCUUCUUCUGUGCUAAUUGCCACUGCAGAAACCCCAAAAAUACCAGAUGAUGAUCUGAUAGAAUUUCCUUUAAAUUUAGAGUACUUGGAGGCUGAGUUUUUCUUGUUUGGUACUCUGGGUUAUGGAUUGGAUGUAGUUGCUCCAAACCUAACUGGGGGAGGACCCCCUCCCAUUGGUGCCAAAUUGGCUCAACUUGAUUCCUUUGCCAAUGAUGUCUUCGUGCAGUUUGCUUAUCAAGAAGUUGGUCACUUGAGGGCCAUAAAGAGCGUAGUGAAAGGGUUCUCUAGGCCAUUGUUGAACCUAAGUGCAGCAUCUAUUGGCAAGCUAAUGGACGAUGCAUUUGGGAAACCUCUGAUUCCUUCCUUCGAUCCCUAUGCUGAUUCACUAAAUUUUAUUCUUGCUUCUUACGUGAUUCCCUAUGUUGGCCUCACCGGCUAUGUUGGUCUUCUGGGAGUAGAGUCCGGGCAAGAUGCAGUUAUUAGAGCAUUGUUGUAUGAACGCAAAGCACAAUUGGUGCAACCCUAUGGAGUGACUGUGGGAGAGUUCACAGAUCGCAUUUCAGACCUAAGGAACAAGCUAGGAAAAGCUGGUUUGAAAGAUGAAGGUCUUACCGUGCCUAGGUCUGAAGGUGCUGAGGGUAAUGUUACAGGCAACAUUCUGGCUGGUGACAAAGAAUCAUUGGCGUAUUCAAGGACUCCAAAGGAAAUAUUGAGGAUUGUGUAUGGAACAGGUGAUGAACAUGUUCCCGGUGGCUUUUAUCCUGAUGGUGGAAAUGGUGACAUAGCUAGAAUUCAACUGCAUGAUUUGAUUUAUGUUAUUUCUACACAAAAUCAUUUGAACCUGUUUCUAUUUACAGAAACACGUUACACUAGGCAGAUAGGUAUGGCUGUAGAUUCAGCUUCAUCAGUGAAGAAAUCAAGCAAUGGAGUUAAUGAGUUGCUGACAUUUAAUGCUGAGAAUAUGCAAAGCAACAUGAAAACUAUCUAUUACAGCCGAACAUUUUUAUCUAUAAUUGGUGGAGUUGUUGCUGGUAUUUUGGGAUUUACAGGCUUGAAAGGAUUUGUGUUUUACUUACUUCUCAUGGCACUUACAUCACUAGGGCUCAUUGCAAAAGCAAGUUUUUCAACCCACACAUACUUUGACUCCUGGAAUCGAGUGCUACUUGAUGGCUUUCUGGGUGGCUUAAUGUCGUUCGUGCUCUUCUGGACAUUUGCCUAUGACAUUGUCCAUAUAUUUUGA